UACCUCUCUCUCAUCCCUUCCCCUCUAUUUAUUAUAGAGAAAUUCCCAACUCUCUUCAUUCACCACUCUCAUUCAUAUUUCCUCAAACAAAACACAAACACACAUGGUUGUAAUAUCUCAAAAUCCAACCAUGAAAAUCGAAAAAAUAAGAGACGACAUUGAUCUCCCAAUCAUAAACCUCUUAAACAAAUCCGAAGCGAUGAAAGAGAUGGUGAGAGCUUGUGAGGAAUAUGGUUUCUUCAAAGUGAUCAACCAUGGCAUGCCGCAGGAGAUAAUUUCCCAAGUGGAGGAAGAAGCCGCGGGCUUCUUCGCGAUGCCCGGCCCGGAAAAGUUGCGGGCCGGGCCACCCUAUGGAUGCAAGAACAUAGGGUUGAAGGGAGAUGUGGGAGAAGUCGAAUAUCUCAUUCUUCAAGCCAACUCCUCCCCCUUCUUGAUUCAAAGCGAUGAUUCCAAUAAAUUUAGCUCAGCAAUAAAUGCCUACGUGGAAGCAGUGAGGAAGCUGGCAUGUGAACUAUUGGAUCUAUUGAUGGAAGGGUUGCUUGGAUCCACCCCGAACCCUACCACGUCAUCAAUGUUGAGUAGGCUAAUCAAGGAUAGGGAGAGUGACUCAAUACUCAGGUUCAAUCAUUACCCGCCGGUUGAUGUUAGCACUGACUCACCAAAGAUCGGAUUUGGGGAGCAUACCGAUCCUCAAAUCAUCACCCUUCUCCGAUCCAACGGAGUCAAGGGCCUCCAAAUAUCGAUUGAGGACGGGGUGUGGAUCCCGGUCAACCCCCGCCCCGAGUCGUCCUUUUGUGUCAAUGUGGGUGACCUGUUGCAGGUAAUGACGAAUGGGAGAUUUGUGAGUGUGAAGCACAGAGUGGCGGUGCAGCCGUUCGAAUCGAGAAUGUCAAUAGCAUACUUCGCCGCUCCGCCGCUGCAUGCCACCGUCAGCUGCCUGCCGGGGGUGGCGGCGCCGCCGAUAUAUAGAAGCUUCAGCUGGGGGGAAUACAAGCAAGCUGCUUUUAUGCGGAGGCUGGGCGACACUCGCGUCAAUCUCUUCGAGCGCGCCAUUAGUUAGGGUUUUUUCUGUGUGUUUUGAAGAUGGGCUUUUUCGUACUUUUAUGUUCUUGCUGCGAUUAUUUUUAAUUUGAUUUUGUUUCUUAUAAAAUUAAAGAGCAUAA